UGAUGGGAGCCUCUUCUUUUUCCCUCACUUUUUGAAGCAGAAAAGCACUACUCCUUUUACUGGGUCUCUCACGUGCAUCCUCUAUUUCCUUCCUACCCUAACAGUCUUACUUCUCCAUUUCUGAGUUCUCACAUCCCCACCUCUCUCUCUCUCUCUCUCUCAUGAACUAUAGUGAGUUUGGGGAUAUGAAAAGCCUGGUUUUGAUACUCAAGGUUUGCAGCGUCUUUAUUCAUUUGUAAGAAGUUUAUUAGUCGAGCUAAGUGAAGUUUGAUCACUGGUGUAGUGAUCAAGUUUUCUCAUCUGAAGUCAUCAAUGGCAUUAGAGGCGCUUUCUUCCAAUGAUCUCUCCAACUUCAACUAUGACACCAUAACUUCUGGUUUCUUACCCAAGAACAAAAUCGUCUCUGAUGGGGUCGGAAGUAACCUGCAUUUCGAUGGGUUUCGACCACUAGAACUCCAUCCGACCUUCGAGGGGUCCUCUCCAAUGAUGCGUCGGAACCCUUUCGCCUCGGUAGCCACUGAUGGAAGAUCGAAUUCAGCGACAACCACACAAGGCCGAAGGAAGAGAAGGAGAAAGCCGAGGGUUUGCAAGAACAAGGAAGAAGCGGAGACACAGAGGAUGACACACAUUGCUGUGGAACGAAACCGUCGGAAACAGAUGAAUGAGCAUCUCGCUGUUCUACGUUCGUUGAUGCCUGAGUCUUACAUACAAAGGGGCGACCAAGCUUCCAUAGUGGGUGGUGCCAUAGAAUUUGUGAAGGAACUUGAGCAACUCCUUCAAUUCCUUGAGGUCCAAAAGCGACAACUACUGCAACAAAGAGAAGGACCCCUUGAUAACAACAGGAGCAGCAGCAACAACUACUCCAAUAACUUUAUCGAUCCUCCUUUCGUGCAGUUCUUCACUUACCCUCAGUACUCAUGGUGCCAAGCGCCCAGAGAGUAUCCACAAGACAACAGAGUGGCUAUUGCCGAUAUCGAGGUCACUUUGGUUGAGACCCACGCAAACCUCCGAGUCCUUACGCGGUGGAGACCCAGGCAGCUGUUCAAGAUGGUUGUCGGUUUCCAGACGCUUCACCUCUCCAUCCUCCACCUAAAUGUCACCACCACCUUAGACUCUUUGGUGCUUUACUCCUUCAGUGCCAAGGUGGAGGAAGGAUGCCACCUGACUUCGGUAGACGACAUAGCGGGUGCAGUGCACCACAUGCUCAGAAUAAUUGACGAGGAAGCUACCUUAGCUUGACAGAAAAGUAGACACCCAAAAAUGCCCUUGUAGCCAAGCUGGAAUUACGAAAAUGCCUCUUCCCUCUUUUCUUCUCUAAAGGUUUCCCUAUGUCAAGAAAUGUUGCAGUACCUUUCGUUGCUCUUUCUUUGCAGAAAUAGAUAUGGCAUUAUUUGUGUUUGUUUGUUUGUUUGUUUGUUUGUUUGUUUUUACCUCUUCUUUAUCUCA